AUGGUCUCGGGUGAAUGCAGCCCGAGCGAGUUUUUCCAUCAAUCCGAUGCACCGAAACCAGAACCCCCCGCAUUUCUACCCGGAUUACUGGUGAUUUCUGGGGCUCCGCAAGCAACGGUUCUUUCAGUUUGGACAAGCUUUUGUGCCCCUGGUCGGAGUGGCGCUAUGAGUCCUACUCCUGCUGUACACCGCGACAUGCGUCUGUCCAUUUCUCUAGGUGUGGCCUCGGUCUGGGCCUCCGUUGCAUCUGCAACGCUGCAGGUAGCCGAGGACAACGACACAAUCAUCCUUAGCAAUGAUCGAUUAACAUCGGUAUUUGCGAAAGACAAGGGUCGGGUGUCCGAUCUCUUUCUGGAUGGCCAGGACCUCCUUGGACCCAUGUCGGGCUCUGCUGGUGUGGGUCCCUACCUGGAUUGCUACUGUACACCCUCUGGCUUCUAUACACCCGGAGCUACCGACCCUCGCAUGGAGGUAGUCCAGGGGACCGACUCGACCGGCAAAAAAUACGCCGGCGUUAUCCUUAAUGACACGUAUACUCCGACAGGGCAGCACUUCCAGCAAUAUUGGUUCCUCCGCGACGGCGAAACUGGCCUACACAUGUUUAGCCGCUUGGCAUACUACAAUGAGACGACCCCAUUCUUGCGCAACCUACAAGAAUUCCGAACACUUUUCCGGCCAAACACCGAGCUAUGGACACAUUUAACAUCCAGCGACGUCCAGACGGCUCCGCUCCCUAGCAAGGAAGCAAUUAAAAACCAGAUUGUCGUGCAAGAUGCUACAUGGCGGUUCAACAAUACCCCGCAUGAUGCAUACUAUACCCAGUUCUCUGAAUAUUUUACCAAAUACACUUUCUCUAAUCAAUGGAGAGACAAUAGUGUCCAUGGACUGUAUGCUGAUGGAUCUACGUCGAAUGGAACUACGUACGGAGCUUGGCUCGUAAUGAACACCAAGGACACUUACUACGGUGGACCUCUUCACUCAGACCUGACAGUCGACGGCAUUGUCUACAACUACCUAGUAUCCAACCAUCAUGGAGAAGGAACACCAAACAUCAGCAAUGGAUUCGACCGUACCUUUGGCCCUCAGUACUAUCUGUUCAAUGGCGGAAAGGGGUCUGGGUCUCUAGAUGAUUUGCGAUCGGAGGCCGAGUCCCUCGCAGACCCCGGAUGGAACGUUGACUUUUACGAUUCAAUUGCCAAGCACGUAAUUGGCUAUGUCCCCUCUAGCAAGCGCGGCAGCGUACAAGGACAUAUCAAGCUCCCCGAAGGUGCGAAGCGGCCCAUCGCAAUCUUAACAGUGGAGGGGCAAUAUUUCCAGGACAACGCAGUAGAUGCUUCCUCCCAUCAAUACUGGGCCGACAUGGACCAGGACGGAAAGUUCCAGUUAGAUCAUGUCAAGGAGGGCAAAUACAGGUUGACAAUCUUUGCAGACGGGAUCUUCGGCGACUUUGUGCUAGAUGGCAUCGAGAUACGAGCUGGAAAAGUGACAAAGGUCUCAGAGACCUGGAAGGCAGAGUCUGCAGGCGUGGAAGUUUGGCGACUGGGAACCCCCGAUAAGUCCUCCGGAGAAUUCCUCCACGGCGUCGCGCCAGACCAAACACAUCCAUUGCACCCUCCAGAGUACCUCAUCUACUGGGGAGCGUACGACUGGCAACAGGAUUUCCCCAAGGGCGUCAACUAUACAAUUGGCAGCAGCGAUCCGGCUGUUGAUUUCAGCACCGUGCAUUGGUCGGUAUUUGGCCCGACUCCGGACAAUUCGGAUAUCGAGUAUGACACCACACACGACUGGACGAUCAAUUUCUCUUUGGAUAAGAAGCAGCUGCAGCGCCACAAGACGGCCACGCUGACUAUCCAACUCGCCGGCGCGAAGACCGCGGCCGGCAAUACGGACGUAUACAACGCCACCGAACCUUAUGCUAAUCUUGCGUUGGAGAGCUACAUCAACGAGCAAGAGGAGCCACUGACAUUACUGGUCGGCUUUAACCAGUCUAGUAGCUGCAUUGUUCGCUCGGCUGUCAGCUGCUAUCAGGUACGCUCGCGGAUGGAAUUCCCCGCCGACUGGCUGAAGGUCGGAAAUAAUGUGCUUACUUUGCAUCUUCCGCACAAUGCUACGGAUUAUGAGUCGGCGGUCCUUCCUGGGACGGUAUAUGUGCAGUAUGAUGCAUUGCGCCUAGAGUUGUCCUGA